AUGGAAGAGGAUCGUGAUGCCAAUGUAGAGCAGUGGAAAAUAAAGAGACUGAUAAAAAAAUUAGAGAAUGCGAAAGGAAAUGGAACGAGUAUGAUAAGCUUAAUUAUAAAAAACAAGGAUGAAGUUUCACGCAUAAAUAAAAUGCUGGCUGACGAACUGGGAACUGCGUCCAAUAUUAAAAGCAGGGUUAACAGAUUAAGUGUGUUGUCGGCUAUUACGUCCACGCAGCAAAAGUUAAAGCUAUAUAGCAAGACUCCACCUAAAGGACUAGUCGUGUACUGCGGAACAGUCAUAACAGAAGAUGGGAAAGAGAAAAAGAUGUCCAUAGACUUCGAGCCAUUCAGACCAAUAAAUACGAGUUUAUAUUUAUGUGAUAAUAAAUUUCACGUUGAAGCUUUAAAAGAGUUAUUAGAGAGUGAUGAUAAAUUUGGGUUUAUAAUAGUAGAUGGUAAUGGAGCAUUGUUUGGAACAAUUCAAGGGAAUACAAGAGAAGUAAUAAGAAGAUUUACAGUAGAUUUACCAAAAAAACAUGGUAGAGGAGGUCAAAGUGCAUUACGUUUUGCACGUUUACGAUUAGAAAAAAGACAUAACUAUGUAAGGAAAGUGGCUGAAGUAGCUACAUCUGUAUUUAUAACAAAUGAUAAAGUAAAUGUUACAGGGAUUGUAUUAGCAGGUAGUGCAGAUUUUAAAAAUGAUUUAUUACAUAGUGAUAUGUUUGACCAAAGAUUAUUUGCAAAAGUAAUAAAAAUUGUUGAUAUAUCGUAUGGAGGUGAUAAUGGAUUUAAUCAAGCUAUUGAGCUAAGUGCAGAAGCUUUACAAAAUGUUAAGUUUAUCCAGGAAAAAAAAUUAAUAGGAAAAUUUUUUGAAGAAAUAGCACAAGAUACUGGAAAAGUUGUGUAUGGAAUAGAAGAUACUCUAAAAGCAUUAGAAAUAGGUGCAGUUGAGUUAUUAAUUCUUUAUGAAGGGUUGGAUAUUAUUAGGCUGACUACAAAAAAUAGCGUUACAAAUCAGACAAAAACUAUUCAUAUAUCACCACAUGAUGAAAAACAAGAAUCUUUAUAUAAAGAAAAUAAUGUAGAAUUAGAAGUGGUUGAAAAAAUAUCGUUAACUGAUUGGGUUAUAAACAAUUAUAAAAAGUAUGGGGCUUCCUUAGAUUUUGUUACAAAUAAAUCACAAGAAGGGGCUCAGUUUCAGAAGGGGUUUGGUGGGUUUGGAGGAAUGCUUAGGUAUAAGUUAGACCUCAAUUUGUAUGAUGAAGAUGUGGAAAGUGAUGUCGAGCUGUUUUGA